AUGGAAGCAGUUAACAAGGUUAUCAACACCGCAUCCCACGCCAUUUGGGGCGACAAUGACGCUCAAUCUCAACAGGCCCAGCAAUCGCACGACGAGCCCAUCUCUGGCGUACAGGGCAAGGGCUCUGCCACUGACCCCUAUGAUGCUGGUAACCGAGAUGAACAACCCAAUGCCCCCGUCACAGACAUGGAUACCUCUCCCAAAGAGCCCAAGCUAGACGGUCAACCCCAGACGAGCGUCUCCCAGCCCACCGCUAGCACCACUUUCGCCCCAACCUAUACCACCGAUGCUCCUUCAACCAUCGCCACUACUGAUGCUCCUUCUGUCGCCGCCACAGCAGCUGCACCCUCCGCCUCCGCCGCUACUCAUUCGUCUUCGACUACUGCUGCCGCCGACUCAUCGGCCACCCCAGCUGAACCCUCCGCCUCCGCCGCCACUCAUUCCUCUUCGACUACUGCUGCCGCCGACUCAUCGGCCACCCCAGCUGAACCCUCUGCCUCCACCGCUACUCAUUCGUCUUCGACUACUGCUGCCGCCGGCUCAUCGGCCACCCCGGCCGAAGACACCAGCGCUACCUCCAAGACCGAGAACAAGGAGCAGCGCGAGCCCGAGGACCCCGAGAAGACUAAGCAGCAGAUGGAAGCUGGUCGUCGCGGAACGGCUGCGAUCAUGCACGAUCACGGCGUUAGUAAGGAGGCGCUGAAGGGGCCUCAAGAUGGUCAAGCGGCGCAUAGUGCCACCGAGUUUGAGAAGGAGGGGAAACAUGGAGCGAAGGACCUGUCUACCGAGUCGAAGGGCGAAUCUGGCAAGUCUACUACGUCCAAGAGUAGCGAUAAGUCGUCUGGAAGUGGCAAGCAGGGUGCUAUGUCGAAGAUGAAGGAGGGUUUGAAGAAGGUUGUUCACCCUCACAGCAGCAAGCAGUCCAGCCAGUAG